AUGGUUUUUCUGGUGUCUGAGUCAUCACGUAUUAUUACUCUCUUAGCUAGCGGCAGUAAAAUUAAACGUAAAGAGUCGUUGACUGCUAUUGAGCGAGAUUGUGAUGAAAACAUUCAAUACGCAAGCAUAGAAGAAAUCAAAUCUUAUUGCUCCUGGAUCAUUCCACACCUUGUAAAUUUGGUCUCUGAUCCCGUCGAAAGCUAUCGCGAGGGGUCACUUCGUAUUCUCUCCAAGCUUUGCGAAUACGUUUAUACCUCAGAUUGUUUUAUCCCUCACAUAACGCAAAUUUUAGUCAAACGUCUUACCAUAAAAGAAUCUCUUGAAGAAUCCGAAGAGGUUCGUCUUUGCUCAUUGAAACUCCUUAAAAGCAUAUUACAGAAGCUUCAAAAUGGCUCCUCUUGUGUUGAUGACUACUGCCUUAUACUCAGUCAUUCCCUUCGGGACAGUUUCCAUGAGGCGAAGGUUCUCUCUUGUGACAUUCUCCGAGUUUUGGCGAAGAAAUUUCCUUCAUUGUUUUAUCACUCUGCUGAAACCGUACUAAAGCCACUGUUGAAUAAUGUUGUACAUCAGCAACACAAAGUUCGCGUCGCAACCGUGGAAGCUAUCGGUGUGGUUUUCGAAUAUUGCAACGGCAAGUUUGUCGACUAUACAAUCGCUCCGUUGACGCAGCGUCUCUUUGACCCGUCUAUAGCAGUUCGAAAGGCGGUGAUCCAAGUAGUUGGGGAGUGGCUGCUGAAUCUCAUGGACCGGUACUCCUACCACUCGAAAUUAGUUCCCCUAAUUUUGAGUGGAUAUAUUGACGAAUGCGAGGAAAUUCGUGAUGAGGCUACUGCUCUAUGGGAUGAUGUUGGCUUGAAGUUUCAGAAGGAAAAUGAGGAAGAUUUGAAGGAUAAAAUCGACUUUGAUCCCGGAAAACAGUCACAUUAUCCUUCUAAUCAGACUAGACCUAAUUUUGUUCUCUCAUUUUCAUUUUCUAAUCAAGUUGUUUUAAGCCCCACUAGGAAUUCAUUUUCUGUCAUUAUACUUUUGAAUCUCUUUCAUGAAUUACAGCGAUGUUUGUCCACGAAUUUUUGGGUGAUUUCUGGUUCAUCAAAUUCUAUCUCGAGUGGUAUAUUCCUAGAACCUCGACCCACGCUACAUCUUGUUAGCUGCGAUCCUAUUGCAUUAGUUUUUAAUUUAUUUGCACUUUUUCAAUUUCUUAACGAAGAUAUUCACCGAAUCAUUGCUGACCUUCAAAAUAAUUUUUUAUCCUUUAGUGAUGGCUGUUUUUUUUCUAUUCAACUUAUUAAUGGUUUAUUAGAGUAG